CACGGACGUGACAUGGUGCCUGGUGUUUGGUCAGGUUUAGAGGAGGUGUUCUUUGGUCCGCGGAAUCAGACGGUCAAAGAAGGCGAGGGCGCCUCCUUUCGCUGCGUGUCCGGCGAAAGCUCGUCACCCGCCGCCAUCCUGUGGAUCAAAGAUGGCAGUGUGGUCACCACAGGGAGGCAAAGCCAGGGAGAAUACGGAGGCGGGCGUCAGAAGAAGACGUCGGGAACGCUUCAUCUGGUCAAUGUGAGCGUGGAGGACAGUGGCGAGUACGUGUGCCAGACCGUCAACCCUUCGCUCAACAUCAGCAGGACCAGCAGGCCAGCCAGGCUCACCGUGCUCGCUGCCCCUUCGGUGACCGUGCGGCCGCCCGCCUUAACGGUGGCCCUAGGGGGCCGAGCGUCCCUGCACUGCGAGGCGUCGGGCGAGCCCCCGCCGUCCAUCAGCUGGCUUAAGAGAGGACACUCAAAGCGGACUGGGGCCAAGAUGACCUCGGGAACGAGGAACGCCACGCUCCGCAUCGAGUCAGCUCGCAGCUACGACGAAGGCACGUAUGUGUGCGACGCCUCCAACGCGCUCGGUCGCAGCCGAGCCACGCUCACCCUCGUUGUCGCGGGCUCCUUGCCCCCAUCUGUGUCUCCACAACUUUGGUCCACGAGCGUUCCUCCAGUGCAGCCUUUGGUGACUCAGGUGCAUUCUCCAAUGUUGCCGCCACCGCCGUACCCCAACCUCCCGAUGGAGCUUCCUCAGCACCCCGAACCUCAAACGGAUGCUCGCCCCACCACGCGGGCAUCCACACGUCCGCCUCACACCACCGCUACCAAAUCUUCUCCAGUCCGGCUCGAAAACUCUCUCCAAAGGCCUUCCAAUCAGGCCCGUACUCCGACGGCGGAACCUGCCGAGGUCCGAGGGCUCGUCGAUUCCGGUGGGCAAAACGGUAGCCGGCAGGAUCAAUCGGUGGCGUCGUCUAAGGAGGGAGACGAGGAGCAGAGGAACACGUCGCAGUCGCCCAUGACCAGCAAAGACCCUCGCUCCAGGGUGACCCCGCAGUCGCCUUCGUGGCUGCCCGUCCUGGAGAAACACGACGUGCCCAUCGUGGUGGGUGUGGGCGUGUCUCUGGCCUUCAUCUUCAUCACAGUGGCCUUCUACUCUAUGGUUCAGAGGAACGAGCCAGCGCCCACCGGACGUGCAGCCAAGAGGAACCUCGGCGUCCCCAUGCGUCACGCUGAGCGCCACCACGCAGGGCCACCGUACGAAAACCGGGCCUUCGAAGACGACGAGUGCUUGGUCGUGACGGAACACAACACCAACACAUCAGACACCGGCGCUAGACCUCCAGGCCUGAGUCUGGUCACGGUCCAGACGGAGCCCACGUGUGAGGACCCCCGCUCAUUAACGGUGGAGACCUACCCCGAGCCCGUCGUGGACACCAAGAUUGACUACAGUGAGGAGGAGGAGAUGAAGGAUGAAGAGAAGGGCCGCGGUCCUCCCAGCACUCCCAAUACUCCCAGUUUGCAGUUGACAGAAGAGGAGUGGCCUAGCAUAACGGCAGAUAACCGAAGCCUGUGCCAGGACACCCUGCCUCCCCCGUCCUCCUUCCCUUCGCCUUCCCGCCCCGACACCGACCUACGGUCCUCACUCACCCUGCGGGGGACAGAGUCUCUGGUUGCCCCCGUCCACCACAGCCUCAGCGUGUCUCACGGUGGCGCCCCCCUGAUGAUCUCGCACCACGUCUCGGUGGGGCACGCCACCGUGGCGGUGGACGUUCAUUUUUAUCCGGUGGUCGCCGCCGCGAUGGGUACGAGCGUUGCCACGUCUACGUUGGAUAACAAGCAGGAGAACGACAAGGCCAGACUCCAUCAGAGCAAAUGAAUUCAAUAAUAGAGUCAAUCGGGAUACUUAAAGCAGGGCUUCUCAAACUUUUUGUGACAUUUUUCCAAGGACGCCAUCGUAAUCUUAAUCAAAAACAAAUGUGUUGCUCCAUUCAUGGCUGAACCAACAGUCUAAAAACAGUCAGAUCAAAAAAAAAUCGCCCAAUUCUGGUUCAAAAAAACUUUUCAAUUUCUUACGAAACAUCCAAUCAAAUUACUCUGAUAAUAUUAAAAAAUAUAUUUUAAAGAGCAUUUUAUGGCAUCACUAAAGUAUACAGAAAAUGAGAUUUUUUUUGGUCAGUAUAUGUAAAUAAAAGUCUUAGCAUCUGAUUUAUAAUGCCUUUGUUGCAUUUUCCGUAACAUCCCAUUUCAUCAUCUUUGUUGUAAUUACUGUGUAUUGUUUUACAUUAGAUGAUAAUAUUGAUUUCUCUGAGUUAGUAAUUGAUGUCAAUGAAGAUUGAAAUGUGCCGUGUGUAUUUACUCUUUAGCAACUCAGCCAAGGAUUUUUUUUUGUUAUUACAAAUGUUAUGCCAGUAGCAUUAUGGUUUGUUGAAUUUUAGUGUGACAUACAAAAUUGACUGUU